GCCUUAUUUUUCCAAACAACAUGAACUAACUACGUCCGCGCCCGACCACUGAACUUCGUCAAUUUUACCAAUUACUACUCACUUUAACAUGGACUCCGAUCCAGACAUCCUCACGGUCGACAAUGUUGUACGUCUUGCUGUAAACGGAACAAAUCUGCUCCAUUUCAGACUUAUCGGCUUUCUCAAUUGUCCCCUGAGGAACGGACUCGGAUUCGUCAUCUGAAGCUCCACGAGUUGCAUCAGGGUCAUGAGGAGAUGCAUCUUGAAAUGUUCCUCAUUGCUGUGUUCAGCUUGUUUGUCAGCCAGUUUCUGUUGAUGCUGUGGAAAAAGUAUCACUUCAAGACCUAUCAGGUGGUCACCCUACUCGCCAUGUGGAUAGUCCCAUUUGCUUAUAGUGUUUUGGCUCGUUUCGCAAGAUUCGUCGUCAUUUGGUUUUUCUUCUCAUUAGUCACCGGGUCUAUGGUCUACAUGGCUUCCAGAAGACGUAUAGGCACGCAUACACCACGGCGCGUCUAUCGAUGGUUUCUGUUUGUACACAAUGCGUCGUAUGCACUCGGUAUAACGGGCUAUGUGCUGGUUAUGCUCAGUGUCUUCCAGUUGAACCUUAUGUUUCUUCUUCCGACCAAUGUGGCUAUGGAUAUAGCACUUUUGAUGAUUUUCUACGGAUUGUACUAUGGCGUUAUAUCACGUGACUUCGCCGAGGUGUGUACCAACAAAAUGGCUGCACAGAUAGGGUAUCAAGUUCCAAAUGGAAUGCCUGUCCGGCGACUUGACCCUACGGUUUGUUCCAUUUGCACCAAUCUACUCAGGAAAGACAAUGGAGAGAAAAUCCAUCGGCUUAAUUGUGCUCACGUCUUUCACGACUUCUGCAUUCGUGGCUGGUGCAUUGUGGGCAAGAAGGACACCUGUCCGUAUUGCAAAGAGAAAGUGAACUUAAAGCAAACUUUCACGAAUCCAUGGGAUAAACCACAUUUGUUGUAUGGGAAUUUUCUGGACCUGAUUCGCUACAUGGUCGCUUGGCAACCUGUGAUAUUAGGCGCGGUGCAUGUUCUCAACAACUUUCUGGGAUUAAAGUGAUUGUCCUCAGGAUGAGCACGCUGAAAAAUAUACAGAUUUUGAACUC